GCUAACUUUGACUGUCAAUCAAAUCAUUUUGACAAGAAUUUUAUAACCAUGUUUGUCAUAUUUUCUUGAUGGAUUUUCAUGAUACUAUUCCUUGUGCAAUUGUGAAAUAGAUAAAUACCUGUAAAACUGUAAUUGUAAAUACAUCAAACAUUUUUCAAAAAUGUGGAAGGGUCUUAGGUUAACUCAGUCUCAAUUAUCAAAGUUGCAUUUCAAAGGAUACAGUUUACAACCUGUCGGCGUUCCUGCGUUAGACACAGUGUUAAACCAAUGGUAUGAAUUUUGUAAGAAACCGCCCAAAGGUUUCGAGAAAUAUUUUCAGCCGGGAACCAGCCAAAAGCAACAAAAAUCGCCGGAGAAGGAUGAAUCUCCUUCGCCUUCAAAAAGUUCACCUACAUCACCAAAACCUUCAUCAUCUUCCGACAAAUGGAAUAUGAAUAUGUUCUCCAAUACCGGGGGUGGCAGAGGUACCGGCAGAGGAGGUUACGAAGGCCAAGACAGAGAAAAAUGGAUGAUGUUCGGUGCAAUGGGUGUUGUUGGAUUACUAGCUUCAAUAGCAUAUUUCGAACUCAAAUAUAGAGAGAUAAGCUGGAGAGAUUUUGUUAAUCUGUAUCUUAAUAAAGGGGUUGUUGAGAAACUUGAAGUUAUAAAUAAGAAAUGGGUCAGAGUGAAACUACAACCAGGAGCAGCAUUAGAAACUAAAGUGAUCUGGUUUGCUAUUGGCAGUGUAGAUUCUUUUGAAAGAAACCUUGAGAAUGCACAAAUAGAGAUGAGCGUUGAUCCCCCAAAUUUUAUUCCUGUUAUUUAUAAGACUGAAGUUGAGGCUGCCAGCUUGACUGGUAUGCUUCCUACUCUACUUAUAAUAGGAUUUUUAAUCUACAUGAUGAGAAGAUCAGCUGAUAUGAUGGGCCGUGGUGGUCGUAAAGGUGGUGGCCUGUUCGGUGGUGUGAUGGAGUCUACUGCAAAAUUAAUAAACCCAACAGAUAUUGGUGUUAAAUUUCAAGAUGUUGCAGGAUGUGAAGAAGCAAAAAUAGAAAUUAUGGAGUUUGUGAACUUUUUGAAAAAUCCACAGCAAUACAUUGAUUUAGGAGCAAAGAUACCUAAAGGGGCAUUAUUGACAGGUCCUCCUGGCACAGGCAAAACAUUAUUAGCUAAAGCUACAGCGGGAGAGGCCAAUGUACCAUUCCUUACAGUCUCUGGAUCCGAGUUCUUAGAAAUGUUUGUUGGUGUUGGACCUUCAAGAGUAAGAGAUAUGUUCUCCAUGGCCCGUAAACAUGCUCCAUGCAUUUUAUUCAUUGAUGAGAUUGAUGCUGUUGGUAGAAAAAGAGGUGGACGGAGUUUUGGUGGACACUCUGAACAAGAAAACACUCUUAACCAGCUGUUAGUUGAAAUGGAUGGCUUUAAUACAACCACAAAUGUAGUUGUUUUAGCUGCUACAAACAGAGUUGACAUAUUGGAUAAAGCUCUUCUUAGACCUGGCCGUUUUGAUAGACAGAUCUUUGUACCUGCUCCUGAUAUUAAAGGCAGAGCUUCCAUCUUCAAAGUACACUUAACUCCACUCAAAACUACUCUAAAUAAAGAAAAUUUGGCUCGUAAAAUGGCAGCAUUAACUCCAGGCUUCACCGGUGCCGAUAUUGCAAAUGUGUGUAACGAAGCAGCUCUUAUCGCGGCAAGAGAGCUAUCUAACAACAUCACAAUGAAAAACUUUGAACAAGCUAUUGAGAGAGUAGUAGCUGGGAUGGAAAAGAAAUCUAACGUCUUACAACCUGAUGAAAGGAAGAUCGUUGCUUACCAUGAAGCCGGUCAUGCUGUUGCUGGCUGGUUUUUACAACACGCAGAUCCACUCCUAAAAGUAUCUAUUAUACCUAGAGGAAAAGGUUUAGGUUAUGCACAAUAUUUACCUAAGGAACAGUAUCUGUACAGCAAAGAACAACUCUUUGAUAGAAUGUGUAUGACACUCGGAGGCAGAGUCAGUGAGGAAAUAUUCUUCGGUAGAAUCACAACCGGGGCUCAAGAUGACUUGAAAAAAAUAACGCAAAGUGCGUAUGCGCAAAUUGUUCAUUACGGUAUGAAUCCAAAGGUAGGGAAUGUGUCCUUUGAAAUGCCGCAACCCGGAGAAAUGGUUAUCGAUAAACCUUAUUCAGAGAAAACCGCAGAACUUAUAGACUCAGAAGUCAGAGAUUUGAUCAAUACAGCGCACAAACACACUACAGAUUUGCUCGUUAAACACAAAGAGAAUAUUGCUAAAGUUGCAGAGAGAUUACUUAAGCAGGAGAUUCUUAGUAGAGACGAUAUGAUCGAACUUUUAGGACCUAGACCCUUCCCAGAGAAAAGUACUUAUGAAGAAUUCGUUGAGGGCACAGGGUCUCUAGAUGAAGACACAACUUUGCCCGAAGGUCUCAAAGACUGGAACAAAGAAAAACAACCAGCUACACCUCCACCGGCCAGUAUACCCAGCGGUGCUGGUGACGCUAAAAAUUAAGAACUUAUCAUGUAGAUUGUUGAGUUUUUAGUCAGUUUUAUGUGAAAUAAAUAUUUUAAUUACCUUUAAGACUUAAAGGCGAUUUUGUUUAUUAGUGAGUUGUGCGAUGCGCGAUGUAGAUUAUUUCGUUGUAGGACAAAAAUCUGGAAAUAACUUUUUUUCAGUAUUCACAACUAACAAUUGUUAUAACUGAUCAGUGACAGAGAUAACGCACAAGGGUAACAAUUCUUACAUACCAGUCGCGAAUCUAGAAAAAAAAUUGGGUCUGUUUAAUCAAACCAUAGUCCAUAAAUAAUAAAUUUUCUUAUACUAUUUUAGUUAUUUACAGAAUUACAAAUUCAGUUAAUUUAAUCCAGUUUGUGCAAUAGAAUAGAAAAGGAUAUAAGACCGUAUUUAAUUUCCUUUUAAUUAAAAUUAAAGUCCUAAGGCUACAUGCAUUUCUAAAUAAUUGUUUUACUAGACGUCUGCUUAAGUGAAUGUUUUGUUUUGUAAAAAGUUAAUAAAUUCCAGUUCAAUU